GGGCUUUGACCUAACCUCACUUAUCAAUGAGCGAGAGUCACUUUUCCACUCGAGAGGUGCAGCAGUUACUCAACAGAAAGAGAGCAGAAUAGUGAAGGUUGACGAUUGACAACAGCUUUGAAGAUUUGCAAAAGGCCUUUAGAUAACACAUGUUUAGUGUUUUAUAGUACACUUAAUCUUGAAAUAUAGUUACUUACGAAGGUGUACUUUUACAACAUGCCAGUUGCAAAUUUACUUGAGAAGCAGGUUUUUUCAGCAAGCAAGACGAAUCCACCUUUAGGUGAGCUUGCUGUCCUGAAGCUUAUCGGGAAUGAGAAAAUCUCUGUAGAAUGGACUAACACGCAAGGCUCUAGUUCCCUGACUGUCAGUCCGGACGUGGUCUUGGAGACCAGUACGGACAUUUAUCGGUUCCUCGCCAAGUCCUUUCCUGAACUCAGCCUCUAUGGGACAACUUUACUGGAGCAAGUAGAGGUGGAUCAUUGGCUGUCGUUCUGUAUCGGUCCGAUGUCUUGCACACAAGAGUUUGUGGAUUCAAUUCUCUACCUAGACAAGGUGUUGACUUCUGUCACGUAUCUGGUAGCUAACAAGCUCACUAUAGCAGACUUGUGUGUUUGGGCGACUUUGUAUGACAGUGCACAAUGGUUAGCAUUGAAAGUGAAUGGGAAGACCCCGAAGAAUGUCUUGCGGUGGAUGAAUUUAGUAGAGGGACAGAAGUUUGUACAGCAAAUGCUCUGUGAUCUCCCAGAGGAAGCGAAAAUGAAGAAGGUACAAGGGAAGGGUCGAGCAUCGCAGGAGAAAACUCGCAAAGAAGAAGGCAAAUUUGUGGAUCUCCCUGGAGCAGAGAUGGGGAAAGUUGUGGUGCGAUUCCCUCCCGAGGCCAGUGGGUAUCUGCAUAUUGGACAUGCAAAAGCAGCUCUUCUCAAUCAAUACUAUCAAGAAGCCUUUCAAGGGAAGCUUGUGUUUAGGUUUGAUGACACCAAUCCGGCCAAGGAGAAAGUGGAUUUUGAAAAGGUGAUUUUAGAAGAUGUCGAGUUGCUGCAGAUCAAACCGGACGUUUUUACUCACACUUCAAACUACUUUGACCUGAUGUUGGGGUACUGCGAGCAACUGUUGAAGCAGGGAAAAGCGUACGUGGACGACACCGACCCGGAGACUAUGAAGGCUGAGAGGGAACAGCGGACCAAGAGCAAGAACUGGGACAACUCUGUCGAGAAGAACAUGAAGAUGUGGGAGGAGAUGAAGGCAGGAACUGAGUAUGGCCAGAAGUGUUGUGUGAGGGCCAGAAUAGACAUGAGCUCCGCCAAUGGUUGCAUGAGGGAUCCCACCAUCUACCGUUGCAAGAACGAGCCUCAUCCACGUACUGGGGAUAAGUACAAGGUCUACCCCACAUAUGACUUUGCGUGUCCGAUUGUGGACAGCGUAGAAGGGGUGACACACUGCCUGCGUACCAUGGAGUACCACGAUCGAGACGACCAGUUUUACUGGUUCAUCGAGCAGCUGGGUCUGCGCCGUCCACACAUCUGGGAGUACUCACGGCUCAAUAUGACCAACACUGUACUGUCCAAGCGGAAGCUGACUUGGUUCGUUGACGAGGGAUACGUUGAUGGCUGGGAUGACCCCAGGUUCCCUACCGUGAGAGGUAUUCUGCGCAGAGGCAUGACAGUGGAGGGGCUGAAACAGUUCAUCGUUGGACAAGGCUCUUCACGCUCCGUUGUUGUCAUGGAGUGGGACAAAAUCUGGGCGUUCAAUAAGAAGGUGAUAGAUCCGAUAGCCCCUCGCUACACCGCCUUGGACGGCAAGGAUACUGUGCCCGUGCUACUGUCAGGAGUCAGUGAGGAACGUCUCACUGUGCCCAAACAUCCCAAAAACCCUGAGGUGGGAGACAAAACCAUCUGGGUUGGUCCUAGGAUACUGAUCGAUCUAGAGGAUGCUAAAACCCUCAAAGAGGGAGAGAAUACAACGUUCAUCAACUGGGGAAAUCUUAAAAUCAAGAAAAUAAUCAAGACUGGUGACUCGGUAACAAGCGUAGAAGCAGAACCGAACCUGUCGGACAAGGACUACAAGAAAACACUGAAGCUGACGUGGCUGGCUGACACCGCACAAGCUCCCUUCAUUCCUUGCAUCUGCGUCUACUUCGACCAUAUCAUCAGCAAACCUGUGUUGGCUAAAGAUGAGGACUUCAAGCAGUAUAUCGGCCACAACACUAAGACUGAAGUGGUGAUGCUGGGAGAUCCAGAACUAGUCAAUGUCAAGAAGUCAGAGAUAAUUCAGCUGCAGAGACGAGGCUUUUUCAUCUGUGACAGCCCUUAUCAACCACCUAGUUUGCACACCGGGCGGGCAUCUCCCAUCGUUCUCUUCUCAAUCCCAGACGGCCACACCAAGGAGAACCCCACUGCUGGAGUACCCAAGAAACAGCAAAUUUCUGAAAAAGAAAAAGUAUCAACUGCCAAGGGGAAGGCUGUGGAGAAGUCACCGUCAGAAGAAGUCAGCCCUGGUCUACCAACAGACCCCGUGGUUGUGGAUCAACAGAUUCAAGUUCAAGGGGACAAGGUCCGGAAAUUGAAGGCAGAGAAGGCCGCUAAGGCUGUUAUCGACACUGAGGUGAAGAAGUUGCUGUCUCUGAAGGAACUUAAGGCGUCAUUGGAGUCAAAGAAGACCGCAGAUAAGCCUGGUGGAGGUGAUGCUAACAGUCUGUCCCAGCAAAUAGCAGCACAGGGAGAGAAGGUACGGCAGUUGAAGAGCGCAAAAGCUGCCAAGGAUGUGGUCACGUCUGAGGUGAACACUCUGCUAACUUUGAAGGCAGAGUACAAGAAGUUGACUGGACAAGAUUGGAGCGUGCAACCACAGAAACCAGCAGAAAUCGACAACAAGGACGUCGAAGCACUCAACCAAAGUAUUGUCUCACAAGGGAAUAAAGUGAGACAGCUCAAGAGUGAGAAGGCUCCCAAGGACGUGAUCAAUGCUGAAGUCCAACAACUUCUAGAGCUGAAGAAGGAAUACAAGAAGAGUACGGGAACUGAAUGGAAACCUCAGGAAACGGUUUGUCAGUACCCAGUAAGCAAAAUAGUACAGCAGAGAACAGUGGAGGCGAAUUGGUUGCUAAGAUAGUAAUCUGAUAUCACAGCUCAAGGUGAUGCUGUACGAACAUUGAAAUCUAAGAAGGCAGAUAAAGCAACGGUUGAUAAAGAAGUCAAAGUUUUGUUGGAGUUGAAGAAGAAAUUUAAGGAGGCAACUGGACAAGAUUACAGUCCUGAAGUAGCUCAGAAGGUAUUAGGAACACAAGGCAACGUGGGAAAGAAUUCAAAAUCGAGCGGUACAAUUGAGGAAACUCUACCACCAGAAGCACAGAAGAAAAAACCAGCUGCCAAAGAGAAUAUCGUGGAAGUGAACACAAUGGCAGGAGACCAAACUGCGGAGCAGCAGCAGCUGACAGCACGGGUGAACCAGCAGGGAGAUGUUGUGCGACAACUCAAGUCUUCCGGAGCUGAUAAGGCUGCAGUAGAUGAAGCGGUGGCACUGUUGCUUACCCUCAAGGAAGAGUAUAAGAAGGUGACCGGCACGGAGUUCCCGACAGCUAAACGUGCUGCUACUACUAAGAAGGAGAAACAGCCUCCAGCUGAGAAGCCCAAGAAAGAGAAGGCUAAAGAAAAGACUCCUGAGGUAGAUGAAAGUGGAGUUGCCGGAGGUUUAAAGAAACAAACACGUCUUGGACUAGAAGCCAAAAAAGAAGAAAAUCUGCCAGAUUGGUACUCUCAGGUAAUCACGAAAGGGGAGCUGAUAGAAUACUACGAUGUGAGUGGUUGCUACAUCUUGCGCCCUUGGGCCUUCACUAUUUGGGAGCAAAUCCGUGAUUGGCUGGACCUACGCUUCAAGCAGCUGGGAGUUAGAAACUGCUACUUUCCGAUGUUUGUUUCUCGCAACGCCCUCGAGAAGGAGAAAACCCAUAUUGCGGACUUCGCUCCUGAGGUGGCGUGGGUGACUAAAUCAGGAGAGUCGGAUCUCGCAGAACCGAUAGCCAUCCGACCCACCAGUGAGACAGUGAUGUAUCCUGCGUACGCCAAGUGGAUACAGUCCUACCGUGACCUACCUCUCAAACUGAACCAGUGGAACAAUGUUGUGAGGUGGGAGUUCAAACACCCGCAGCCGUUCCUGCGAACACGAGAGUUCCUGUGGCAGGAGGGUCACACUGCGUACGCCUCCCAGAAGGAUGCCCAGGAAGAGGUCUAUCAGAUAUUAGAGCUGUACGCUGGGGUGUAUGUCGAUCUUCUUGCCAUUCCCGUGAUAAAGGGCCGGAAAACUGAGAAAGAACAAUUUGCUGGGGCGGACUUCACGACCACCGUCGAGGCCUUCAUAUCAGCCAGUGGUCGGGCCAUUCAGGGAGCGACAUCUCAUCACCUCGGCCAGAACUUCUCAAAAAUGUUUGAGAUCAUCUACGAGGACCCUGAUACCCAGGAGAAGCAAUUCGUGUUUCAGAACUCAUGGGGCCUCACUACAAGGACAAUUGGUGUGAUGAUCAUGGUACAUGCUGAUAACAAGGGUCUCGUACUUCCUCCAAGGGUGGCAGCUGUCCAGGUUGUAAUAGUCAUGUGUGGAGUGACUGUGAACCUGAAGGAAGCUGAGCGCAAGGCUCUGCUGAGUACGUGUCAGGACCUGGAGGCUAAGUUGAGUGCAGCGGACAUACGAGUUCAAGGAGACUACAGGGACAACUAUUCCCCAGGCUGGAAGUUCAACCACUGGGAGCUCAAGGGAGUGCCGAUCCGAGUGGAGAUAGGACCAAAAGAUCUGAGUUCCCAGCAGCUUGUGGCAGUCAGGAGAGACUCUGGGUCCAAGACCACAUUGCCUCUCUCCAACGCUGUUGUGGAUCUCAAGAAAAUGCUGGAUGACAUCCAUGAAAGCUUACUGGCCAAAGCCUCAGAAGAUAUGAAGACCCAUAUAAAAGAAGUAGAAGACUGGGCAUCGUUCUGUAAAGAGCUGGACAACAAGAACUUGCUACUGGCACCGUUCUGUGGUGACAUCCCCUGCGAGGAUAAGAUCAAGGAGGAAAGUGCAAGUGUGGAAGUGGAGGCUGGAGCUCCAGCGAUGGGCGCAAAAAGUUUGUGUAUUCCUUUCGACCAGCCUCGAGGAGGUGUGAAAUCUGGCACCAAGUGCAUCCGUACGGCCUGCACACUUCCUGCCAAGUACUUCACUCUCUUCGGUAGAUCUUACUAGUGUUAGUGUCCGUGAAAUAAAUUAUUGUUCCUAAAGA